CAUUUAUUAAAACGUCGUAUAAUUUGGAACAUAAAAAUUCAUCUAAAACGACUUAUAUAAAAAACGGAGGGAGUAUAUAUCAAGCUACAUAUCCUAUAACAAAUAUGAUUUUAAAAUCAAUAAUCUCUUUUUAUUUGAAAGGGGAUAAGAUGAAAAGCAAAAGGAAAUAUAUAAAAAACUAUAUAUAAAAGAGGAUUUCUAAAAUCCUAAUUUAAUUGAAAAGAGAAGAGAAGAUAUAAAACUUUGUUUGUAAGUUGGAAGAAUGGCCAUGGCUAUGUCUGAUCUUCCAGGGGAAUUGGUAACGGAGAUAUUAUCUAGGGUUCCAUUGACAUCUCUUAGGGCACUGCGAUGCACUUGUAAAACGUGGGAAGUUUUAUCAAAAACCCACAUCAUUGGUAAAACAGACGCAGAGGGCACGUUUCUAGGGUUCAUGGUGAUAGAUUAUAACCUUUGUUCACUGAAACUUGAUCUGCAAGGAACCCACGACAACGGCAACUUGGUUUAUCGUCCCUCUAUUGAGAGAGUAUGGUUACUUGAACAAGCUGAGAUAUGGGAAGUCUUUCAGUGGGACGGCUUGCUGUUAUGCGUCAUCAAAGAUGAGAGCCGGCUUCUUGUGUGGAACCCGUAUUUGAGACAACUCAGGUGGAUCCAAACAAGGGACAAACUCCAUUCAGCAUACAUGUAUGGUCUCGGAUAUGGAAACAACAACAACAACGAUCGUAACCACAAGAUCUUGAGGGUUUUGGACGUUACUAAGUCCUCAGAACCUGGUCCCUUAUUCGAAAUCUACGAUUUUAACUCAAGUUCGUGGAGAGUUCUUGAUGUCCAUCCCGGCAACUGCGUUAUAAAAAGUGGCGUGUCUCUCAAGGGAAACACUUACUUUUUGGCUGAAGAAACUUGCUUGGAAGGGUUUGUUGUUGAGAGUCAAUAUAUCUUACUAUGUUUCGAUUUUACAGCAGAGAGGUUUGGACAGCAUCUUAUUCUGCCGUUUGGUGCUGGUGUUAGGUUUAUAAAAGCCGUGGUUCUUUCUCGUGUUAGAGAUGAGCAGCUCGCUGUAUUACAUCAACCCGAAGACAAUAAUGUAAUGGAGUUUUGGAUUACGAGCAAGAUUGAGCACAAUGCUGCAUCUUGGACCAGGUUCUUGAGAGUGGAGAUGACACCGCAAAGCUUUGUGACUGAGAGUUUCUUCAUUGAUGAGGAGAAGAAACUGGCUCUUGUUUCCGGAUUCUUUAAGUUGUUUAGACAUAUUUACAAGAGAGCUUAUAUCAUUAGAGAACAAGGAUGCAUCGAAUCUGUGGAGAUGAGAAAAGAUAGGGAACCUGGAAACAAACUUGUCUUCUCUUCUUAUGCUCCAAGUUUGGUGCAACUACAAAUCAAUCGAUGAGGCAAAAGGAAAGAGAGAGAUUACUAGAUUAAGUAGAUAGUUCCAUUUGCAAUGCUUGUUCCUUUUAUUGUGUCAUCUCCAUUUAAACAAUAAUACUGAUAGUCAACUAUUAAACCUUUGUGUUUUACUAUUUAUCACUCAUAAACUCUUUAGUCUAGUAGUUUGACUAAAGUUUCAUUGCUUUUUGGAGUUAGAAUUCCAGGAGAUCGAAUCCCGAAAAUAUAAUUUAUGAUUAAUGAAAAACAAGAUUUUCAUGAUGGAAGUCAAAUCGUAAGACAUGGUUUUCUCAUAAUGUAUGUAGAGUUAUCGGAUGUUAUAGUUGUAGAGGUAGUAUUUCUCAUAAUUUGUACUUGCAUCCUUUUUGUUUCUCUCUGCCCUAGUUUAUGAUUGGUGCUGUGUUUGUCUCUCCUUUUGCAUUCUUUACUUUCUUGUGCUGAGUUUGCCUGAGACAAUGAGUUUUCUAAGUAAUUAUGUCAUGUGUGCAACAACUGUCUCAAGUCCCUGGAGUAGUCUGUUUUAUCUGUGAAUCAUCUGUAAAUACAAAUGAGUUUUCAUUUUUAAUUGAAAGGACUAAUCUCUUUUUUUUGGAGACUCAUUCGCAACUGUCCAAGAACAAUUGUCUCUGUAGUUUAUUUUUUGCCAUUUAAUUAUUCUCUCUAGUUUAUACACGUCUGUAAAGACAGUGAAAUAUAAACAAAUGAGUUUUUAUUUUUAAAUUCAAAAGCUAUAAUCUCUUUUUAUUCGAAAGGAAAAGCAAAAGAAAAUAUGUAGACUAUAUAUCAAAGAGAUUCUAAAACCCUAGCUUAAUUGAAAAGAGAGGACAAGUUACAAAAAGUUGUGUUUAAGUUAGAAGAAUGGCGACAAGAAUGUCUGAUCUCCAGGGGAUAUGGUAACGGAAAUAUUAUGAGUUUCAGUAACGAAACAUGUUUUAGCUAUUUAUUAUGAGUUUAGGUAUGCAAUUCAAAAUCUUAUUUAGUUUAAAAAUGUUUUGACAUGUUAAUAUUGUUUAGGUAUGUAUUUUCUCUGGCUUCAUAGUGCAAACAUGAAUAAGCCGUUUUCCCUAUGUUAAUACCGUACAAACUGUAAGCAAAUGAGUAUUCUCGUUUUUAAUUCAGAGGACUUAUUUAUCUCUCUCUUUUUUAUUGGACUCAUUCAAACAAUCCAAGAACAAUUAUCGCACUAGUUUAUUUUUGCAAUUUAUUCUUUCUUAAAUUAGCAAUAAAAACUAGAGAAUCCUGUCUUUCUAAUUAAUGGCAGACCUUGAAACUCUCUUUAUUUCCCCUUCCGCAUUUUGUCAUAAUAUAAAUACCUUCUUUACCUUCACCUUCAAGGCAUCAGAUAAAACACACACACAAAACCAUCAUCCAAAAUAAAUAAAUAAAUAAUAAUAAUAAUAAUAAUAGAAAUGAGGAAUGUCAACAACUUCUUUGUCGCUCUCUUUGUCUCGGCUGUGUUAGUGAGCUCAGCCACGGCGGCUACCAUGGAGUCUCCAGCACCAGCACCAGGUACUUCUUCAGCCACCGUGGCUUUUCCGGUGGUUGGCUCUAUCGUUGCUGCAUCACUCUCCGCCUUCUUGGCUCUUCUAUUGCAGUAAAGAGAUUCAUUGAGGAGGGUUUCUAAGAGAUAUGUAACAAAAAGUCUUUUUUGUUCUGAUUUGUUCCUUAGAAUCUAUGCAAAAUAAUUUUGUCUAACAACCCAUUUUGAUGUAUAAUCUCAUUGUGUAAGUUAUUACACUAAUAUGUUAUGAGUAUUAUAAUAAUAACAGUAUCCUAUAUAAGUGGUGUUAAUUAAAUUUUACGGAUUUGAUCAAUAACUUCAUUGCUUUCGAUUAAUGUCUUUAAUACACAAAAUGGUUUCAUCAAAUAAGUUGUGGUCAGUGUUUCUUUUUGACAACUAGUUUCAUCAUCGUUUUUGCUUCCUCUUUAUAUUCCUGAGUGUUUCCAAACAAAAAAGUUACACUUAAAACCCAAGUAACCAAACAUCAUAUUCUGGCAAUUUAGAAUUAUUACUAAUUGAAAAAGAGAGUCAGAUUAUGAGAACGAUCCAUUACUCCAUACAAUAGAAUUCUUGCAUCAGGGAGAGUUUAGAUAAUACAACAUUAAUGUUAUUGAGUUCCUGUAUUCCAUUUCCAAGGCUUAGGUUCUACGAUUACAUGAAAUGUCACUGUGGAACGCUUCUACCUCUUCAGUCCCUCCGCUGAACGGGUGAAAGAUGCUUCCCUGUAAACCGUGGCCUAAAAAGACUCAGAUGAUCACAGCCAUUUGAGUUAAGUUUCAAGGGAUAUAUGGAUAUUAAAUUUUGUCAAGUACUAUACAAACAAUGUAACGAUGUCCAUGUCCACCGUCUUGGACUCCACGCUCAAGUUGAACAUUUCCCUUUGAAUCCUACAACUCUCCAUAAUAUCUAAAAGCAUAUCAUUUAUGAGCAUAGUGAGUAC